AGCUCAUUUUCCGCUCAUUUCCGGCCGCCGAAUCCCGAUGCCAUGGGCUGUGCGGCGCGGGAGGUGCCAUGGGACGCAGCCGCGAUGCGCUUCGGGACUCCCCUCACGCCGCUGAAGCCGCGCUGGCAGCUGGCGCUCGACCAGCUGUCGCGUGAGGCCUGGGACGUGGUGACCUGCAGCCGCGCCAUCCACCGCUGGCGCCCGGCACUGCUCUUGCUGCAGGCCAUGGCCUCCAAGGAUGUCCAAGCAGAUGUGGUGUGCUACGGCGGCCUCAUCCACGCCUGCGCGGGAUACGACGGUGCGUGGCGCGUGGCGAUGCAACUGCUGGCGGAGAUGCUGGAGGAGGUUAUGGAGCCCAACGUCAUUUGCUACAGCGCAGCCAUCAGCGCCUGUGAGAAGGCCAGAGAGUGGCAACCCGCCCUGCAGUUGCUGGAGGAGAUGCGAAAGCGACGGGUGGAAGCCAACGCGGUCAGCUUCAACGCGGCCAUCAGCGCCUGCGAGAAGUGCCGCUGCUGGCAGCUGGCGCUGGCGCUGCUGUCGGAGCUCCGCCGCCGGCGGCUGGCGGAUGCGGUGAGCUACAGUUCUGCGAUCAGCGCCUGUGAGAAGUGUUCUCAGUGGCAGCACGCCCUGGAGGUCCUGGGGCGCCUGGCUCCGCCGGAGGCCUUCGCCUGCGGCGCUGCCAUCAGCGCCUGCGGCAAGGCCGCGCAGUGGCGCCAGGCGCUGCAGCUGCUGCGGGCCAUGCACGCCUCGGAAGUCACGGCGGAUGUGGUGUGCUACAGUGGCGCGGUCUCCGCUUGCGAGAAGGGCCACGCUUUGCAGCCUGCCUUGGCGUUGCUGCGCGACAUGCGAUCUCGCAACUGUGAGCUGGACGCCAUCAGCUGUAACGCUGUGAUCAGCGCCUGCGAGAAACGAGCCGACUGGCGCUGGGCCUUCGAGCUGCUGAUGGAGAAGCGCAGGUGCAGCCUCACGAGGGACGUGGUGGGCCCCAGCGCGGCGGUGAGCGCCUGCGAGAAGGCCAAAGAGUGGCUCCCGGCCUUGCAGCUCCUUGCCCAGCAGGUGUACCUGGACACCAUCAUGUGCAAUGCCGCCAUCAGUGCAUGCGAGAAGUGCAUUGAAUGGAGGUGGGCGGUGCGUUUACUGGGUGCGGUGCACGACUUCAGCCUGCAGCCAGAUGCGGUGGGUUUCAACGCAGCCAUCAGCGCGUGCGAGAACGCGGCACGCUGGCGGCGGAGCCUGGCCCUGGCGGAGUUCGGCGACGGCGGGGAGAUCACGCUGGGGGCGAUGGUGAGCGCCUGCGAGAAGGCGCGGCAGUGGCGCGCCGCGCUGGACCUUCUGCGGCGCGUCCGCGCGAACUUCGGCCUGGUACCGGGGAUCAUAAGCUGCGACUCCACGCUGCGAGCCCUGCGGGGCCAGUGGGAGGCAGCUUUGUCCCUGAUGCUGGCCAUGGCAACCUGGCACUUGCGGGCCACGCCGUUGAGCUACGAAGCAGCCCUGCCGGAUGGGCCCUCGCCGAUGCUGCCAGUGCUGCUUGGAGCUCUGCAGGCCUUCGAGAUGAAAAGCGCAGGCUCUUCCUUCGGCGCUGUAGAAAAGGCGCCACGGAGGUUUCACGCACAGCCCGGGUCAGUCAUGGCAAGCGACGACGCGCUGCUCCAAAAGGCUCGCAGACACCUCGACGAGAUCCUGGGGCUUCAGAAGUUCGGGCGAAAAGCAUUGCAGCAGGAGCGGCGGAAGGCCAUCGGACGCCUCUGGUUUGUGGCUGGCGAGAUGCUCCGCGAGGCCAAGAAAGUCCUCCGGCUCGGAGAGGCCACCGGUCCGGGCCCUGACGUUGGCCAUUUGAAGUUUCUGCCCGACUUGCUGCAGGAAGUGAAGGAGCUUGCGAUUUCUGGGUACUGGGAUGUCCCCGAGGCGCUGGAGAAAGCGCAGAGCAUCUUGGUCAUUGCGCGGCGCUUGCAAGAGCUCCUCGAGCCAUACGUGGGCACGGUCUUGAUCUCCGAUGAGGGCCCUCACUUCUUGGCCAUUUUGCCUGCCCAGGACGCUGAUCUUCAAUAUUUUUGCCAAGAUGCUGAUCCUGAGGAGGCUGAUCCUGAGGAUGCUGAUCCUGAGGAUGCUGAUCCUGAGGAUGCUGAUCCUGAAAAUCUUGACGCAGAUGUUGGUCCUGAGAAUGCUGGUUCUGAGCAGAGUGAGUCCAACUGCUUUACGCGGCCUACUCGGGCUUCAGAUCCCCGAAGCUCUGGGGUUCCCAUGACUGAUAUAGCAGACGUGGCUGAGCUGCCGGCUGAGCUGCCAGUGGUAGAGAGGCAAGUGUUGGAGCUUGAACUGGCCGAGCGAAAGGUUCAGUACCGGCACCAAGACCAUGAAGAUAUUGCAUCUACGCUCUACAGGCUGGGGCAUCAAUGCAGCAAGGAAGGAAACCGUCCCAGGGCGAAAGAGCUCCUGGACGAGGCUUUGCAGAUGUUCCGUCGCCUGCACGGCGACUCCAACCACCCAAACAUCGCCGCAACACUGCAUGAGCUGGGAGACUUGUGCAGGACCACAGGGGACCUACCCAGGGCUGAACAGUUCUUUCAGCAAGCCUUGCAGAUGGAGCGCGCUGUGCGGGGCAACUCCAACCAUGCAAGCAUCGCUGCAACGCUGCAUGAGCUUGGAGACCUGUGCAGGGCCAGAUGGGAUUUACUCAGCGCUAAAGAGCUCUUGCAGGAGGCUUUGGAGAUGAAGAACGCUGUCUACGGCGAUGCCGACCACGCAAGCACUGCGGUAACACUGCAUGCUUUGGGCUGCUUGUUCAGGGACGGGGGGCACCUUCCCGAGGCUAAAGAGUUCUUGCAGAAGGCCUUGAAGAUGAAGCGCGCUGCCUAUCGCAACCGCAACCACACAAACAUUGCCGCAACGCUUCAUGCGCUAGGAGGCGUGUGCAGAUUGGAAGACGACCUAUCUGAGGCCGAACGGCACUUGCUCGAGGCCUUAGACAUGUUGCGCGCUGUCCACGGCGACUACGAGCACUCAAACAUCGUUGCAACGCUUUGGGCUCUCGGAGGCGUGCACCAGCAGGCAGGUGACCUAUCCGAGGCCAAGAAGCGGCGUGACGAGGCCUUGGAGAUGAAGCUUGCUUUGAGCUGCUUGUUCAGCGAGGAACCCGGGGAGGAGAUCCAGACGGCUCGUUGA